UGUGUUAAAAUUCCUCUCACAACUCCGAGGCCUUGUAAACAGAUCCCCGCUAAUAUAAUAAACAAGGGUCGCCCAAAAUCGAAUUCAAACCCUAAUCCAUUAACCCAAUUCCCAUUCUUUCUUCUCCCAAUUCCUGUAACCCUACUCAAUCGGAAAACGGAUACUCUUCAUUUCAAUCUGUGCACGGUUCUAUCAGCAUUUGAUAGCUCAAAAUGCGCGUGAUUCUGGUUGGGUGAAUUGGGAUUAGGCUAUGGAGUUAUCGAAAGAUACUCAACUGAUGGAAGUGGCGGCGUCCCAAGCGACGACGUCGUAUCAGAUCUUGUUGGAUGAGCAGAAGGAUCUUUUUCAGAAUCAGAUCGAGAAGCUGCAACAGAUUGUCGCCACCCAAUGCAAACUGACCGGCGUCAAUCCCCUUUCUCAGGAGAUGGCUGCUAGUGCUUUGUCCAUUAAAAUUGGAAAGAGACCUAGGGAUUUGCUGAAUCCCAAGGCCGUAAAGUACAUGCAACUCGUGUUCUCCAUGAAAGAUGCAAUUAGCAAGCGGGAGACUCGGGAGAUAAGUGCUCAGUUUGGAGUUACCGUUACUCAGGUUCGGGAUUUCUUUGCUGGGCAACGAACUAGAGUGAGAAAGUUUGUCAGAUUGUCUAGAGAGAAAGCUAAUACAACUGCCUGCGAUUUGAUGCAUGAUGGGAUUACCUCCACUUCAAAUUUGGAUAUGCCUGCUGAACCCAUUCCUUUAGCCACAGUCGCUGAACCCAUUCCUUUAGCCACAGUCGCUGAACCCAUUCCUUUAGUCACAGUCGUUCCAACAAGUAUUGAUGAAGGGCCUUCAAGUUCAAAGAGGCAUGAGGAUUUACCUGGCCUGGCUGAUUCAGAAAAGCAUUUUGUUGAUAAUAUAUUUGGCUUAAUGAGGAAAGAAGAAUCAUUCUCUGGUCAGGUUAAAUUGAUACGCUGGAUUUUGCGUAUAACAAAUCCCUCAGUGCUGAAUUGGUUCUUAAGUGAAGGGGGGUUGAUGAUAUUGGCAACAUGGUUAAGUGAAGCAGCUAAAGAAGAACAGACAAGUGUUUUGUCUGUUAUCCUUAAGUUGCUUGAUUAUCUGCCGGUAAGCAAGGCUCUCCCUGGGCAUAUGUCUGCUAUAUUGCAAAGUGUUAAUAGGCUGCGAUUUUACAGAGUAACAGACAUCUCAAACAGGGCACGGUCUAUGUUAUCGAAAUGGAGCAAGAGGCUGGGAAAGAACCUUUCUUCAAAGAAAAGCAAUGGAUUGAAAUCAGCAAGUGAUUUACAGGAUGAGAUGUUGUUGAAACAGAGCAUUAGUGAAGUUAUGGGCAAUGAGUCGUGGGACUUAAAAAAGGAAAAUACUGAAGAUGCUUUGAGGUUCAUGUGUGAGAAUCCUGAUUCUCCUAGGAAGCUGGACACUGCUCAGCCUCUAAAAAUGCUUACAGCACCAGGAGAUGACUCCAAUAAAAGGAGAGGUGUUUUUCCACCUCAAACACGAGAACGCCGGAAAGUCCAAUUGGUAGAGCAUCCGGAUCAAAGGGUGGCUGCAAGGAGUCCCCAGGUUGCAAGAUCAAUGACUGCUACUCAGAGCCGCCCACUCUCGGCUGAUGAUAUACAAAAAGCAAAGAUGCGUGCUCAUUUUAUGCAGAAUAAAUAUGGGAAGACAAUUACUUCUGAUGAAAAAAUAAAGUCUGAAAGUGAGAAACGGAAGUCUGAAAGUGAGAGCAAGUUGACCACAGCUAGUCCAAAUGCCAGUUUAGUGACAUUAGUUUCUAAAGCCAAUGUUCAGAAUGAAUGUGAGGAACAGACGAAAGUUGAUGAUUCUUUAUCUGAACUUUCUAAUCCACAUGAAACUUCUUCGAAAUUGGAGGAACCUCCUUGGAAAAAGUACAAGAGAAUUCAGAUCCCAUGGAAGAUGCCUCCAGAAGUGAAAAUCGACGAGACAUGGAGUGUUGGCGAAGGUGCUAAUAGCAAGGAAGUUGAAGUCCAAAAAAACAGAAUUAGACGCGAGAGAGAAGUAGUUUACAGGACAAUACAGGAAAUUCCAUCCAAUCCUAGGGAACCCUGGGACCGUGAAAUGGACUGUGAUGAUUCAUUAACCCCUGAAAUCCCCAUUGAGCAACUACCCGACGUUGAAGCCCUAGAAGCACCAGCCGAUGAUCCUAACCAUAGCAAUGAAACUGUUGCUCCAGCAUCAUCUGAGAGUAUACACGAGCCAGAUUUUGAGCUGCUAGCAGAAUUGUUGAAAAACCCAGAAUUGGUUUUUGCCUUGACUUCUGGGCAAGCUGGUAAUUUAUCGAGUGACGAGACCGUGAAACUGCUUGAUAGAAUCAAAACAAACGGGGUGAGUUCGUUGGCUAAUUUAGCAGGAAAUGCCAACAAUAAGGUUGAAGUUUCCCUGCCAUCUCCUACACCUACAAGCGACCCUGUUCCGAAUGGAGUGAAGCCCGACUUCUCAAGAAAUCCUUUUUCUCGGCAGCAGGGCUUGGCCAACGGGAACGCGUACGAGGUCUCUCUGCAGCAAGGUAUGGUUCGGUCUCAGAUUCCGGCAACCACGAUGUUGACUCCUCAGCCGUCAGCAUAUGCCCACAAGGUAGUGCCGCCGCCAGCCUCAGUUCAGUUGCCUGAACAGUGGCAGGCACAUACGAAUCCACAAAUGCACCACCUAAAUAGGCAUAACUCUUCAAACGCACAACAUUUCACCUCAGAAAUGGCUAACCUCAACCGUGCACGUGGUGCUUCGCCCUCGGCUGUCUGGGGAGACUCCUUGGGUCCCGUCUCGGUCAGCCACGCCACCGAAUUCUUCUUUGGGAGCAAGACAGGGUUUUGAGUCGAAUUACCACCAUGGCUACGGAGGAGGAUCCAUGCAGCCAUCAUCAGGUAGCUGGGGUGGGAGAAGUGGGGUUGCAGAUAGGCACGAUAGGCGCGAAUACGAGUCAUGGAGCCCAGACAACAGUCCCUCCAGGCGCCAUGAGAACGUACCAGGCCGACGCCAUAAUGAGACGAGUUUGAGCUUGAGGAAUGGAUACAGGCAUGGAAAGACGACGCAGCAAGACUUUGUUCAGCAUUCCGGCUAUCAAGAUGGAGGAAAUAAACGGUGGCAAGACCGGAGAAGAUAGCAGCGAUCGGUUUCUAACAUCUGUAGUGAUAAAUGAAGAAUGGGAAAAAGGUGCAUUUGUACGGAUGUAGAUUUUAGAGCAGUUUUGUUGCUGAAAUACUUGAUAAAGCUUUCCAGCUUUGCGAUUUAAAAUUUCUCUAUUCUUUCUAACAUAAAUUCGUAUGGGCUUAUUGUAAUUUGUGAAUAAAGAGAUGUUGAGGCGGCUUCUUUU